AUGUCUGGUCGGGGAAAAGGCGGCAAAGGUCUUGGGAAAGGAGGCGCCAAGAGGCACCGUAAAGUGCUUCGUGAUAAUAUCCAAGGCAUUACUAAGCCUGCUAUACGUCGCCUGGCUCGCCGUGGAGGCGUGAAGCGCAUUUCAGGCUUGAUUUAUGAAGAGACUCGGGGCGUGUUGAAGGUCUUUUUGGAGAACGUCAUUCGGGAUGCCGUGACCUACACCGAACACGCGAAGCGAAAGACCGUGACUGCGAUGGACGUUGUUUACGCUUUGAAACGCCAAGGUCGUACUCUGUACGGCUUUGGUGGAUAAGUUUGUAAUAUUCAUUGUAUUCAUUAAUCUAAAAGGCCCUUAUCAGGGCCACCCACACAUUCGUGGAAAGAGCUGUGUUCGCUUGCGGAUGUAAAUUUAGAUGUAAAGUACCCGGAGGAACUUCGUAAGAGAAGAUCCUUGUUGGUCCGUGAUGGCAGAAGAUCAAAAGUUGUUGGUCGGAA